CCAGCUCGUGGCCCCUCAGCUGUCAUCGGCAGUGCAGUGCUUCAGGAAACUGCGGCGGUCUUCAGCUGGCGAUUCUCUUGACAUGAAACUUCACAAAUAAAACAUGGAGGAAAAUGUGGAUGUCAAGGCCCUCCGGGCCAAAUUUCAUGCUCAGUUAGAAAUGGCAGGCUCUGGAGGUGGAGCUCUCAUCAAACCUCUUAUGGUUGGCGCUCCGCCAGAGUCCCUAACCAACGGAGUUGUCAGAAAUAAGCCAUCAGCCGCUCCUCCGAGAUCAAUCCUUCCUCUGAACUCUUCGAGCGAACCAAAGAUGUUUGGUUCGGGGCCUCAAGGAGUCUUCCCAAGACCUCCUCCGUCCCAUCGCGUGGGACCUCAGGAGACUCCUAAAACACCUCCUACAGAAGUCAAUGCGGCAAACAGGGUCAGACUCACGGGAGAACUUUUACAGAACAAGCUACUUAAACAACAGGGCGAAAUGAAGCCGAAUUUCAAGCCGAUGCUACCGAGCCAGAAGAGCUUAAUUUCAGACGUAGCACCUCUGAGGAAACCGCUCCCAGCUGUCGGGCCACGGCCGUCGAAGCCGAAACGACCGCCGUAUGUAAAUCUGGAUCAUUUUAGGAAAAAAGCCCCGGCUGUUCUACCGAAAAGACAAAUGGAGUCGCAAAGUUUUAAAGGACCUGCUAGACCUCCAAAUAAACCCAACAAUCUGAUGAAAUCAUCUUUAUCAGAAUUAAAUGUGGACUCACUCCCACCGCCUCCUCCACCGCCCCCCAAACCCAGAGACUCGUGGACUGAUGGAUACCCAUCUCAGGCUGAUGAGGACAGCGAUCAAGAUAUUUAUGAAGACAUAGACAAACCAGAUGAGCCUCCACCUCCCAUCCCGGCCGAAAGGAAAAUCGCAAAAGAUGUUAAAAAGCCAAAUGAGCUGGAUAAGAAAGACCUUAAGGAAAAGCAGAAACGAGAAAAUGAGUAUAGAAAGAGAUUUAAGCUGAACGGACCCAUUGAAGUGAUUCAUUUGGCUCGCGUGAGAGAGGACUGCCAGGGUGGGAAAAACGACCUGAGCGUGCAACAGGGAGAGAAUGUGGAGAUUAUCCGUGUGAACAACAACCCAGGGGGAAAAUGGCUGGCACGAGACGAGAGGGGAAGCGUUGGCUACAUCAGUACAUCGUGUGUGGAUGUGGAUUAUGAGGAAGUGAAACGGAAAAUCCGUGGUCAAGUUGCGCCCCCCUUCAUCCCUCCUGUGGACCCGGAAGUCUACGAUGACGUUGACUCCAAUGAACUCAACAGCAGUUUUCAGAGUGAUGAUGUGUAUGAUGAUGUUGACCAUGACUUUCCUCCUCCUCCGCCCGAGAUCAGACAAGAUCCAAAAAAGGCCAAGCAGCAGGAGAAAGAAGAAAAAGAGUUUCGGAAGAGGUUUAAGUAUGAAGGACCCAUCCGAGUUAUUUACACCAUGAUGGUGGAUACUAAUGCCAGUUUAAAGAAGCCUGGUAACAAAGAACUGACACUGGUUCGUGGAGAGAUUCUCGACGUCAUCCAGGAGACCAGCGAGAAGAAAGUUUUGUGCCGCAACAGUCAAGGGAAAUUCGGAUACGUGCCUUUGAAUUAUCUUCUGUAUAUGGAGGGUGAAGUUUAUGAUGAUAUUGACAAUGCAACAGAAAUAUAUGACAAUGAUGACAGCUGACCUGUCUGGAGAUGAUGGUUAUCAUCAGUUAAGAUGCAUUUUCACCUGAGAAAAUAGAGACUGACCAUUUGGCAACACCAAAUGAAUGAAUCACAUGGUUUGAAGGAAAAUAUGUCUCAAAGCUUUGUAUAUUGUAGAAUUAAACUGAAAUAAAGAAUCAUUUUGUAUUUGACAUGCUGUAAUUUUAUAAGAAUGUUUUUAUAUUAGUAGUACUGUACUGUAUUUUUUUUUAAUCUUUUUGUAAUAUAUGGCAACCCAGCAUUGUUUAAUUGAAAAUCAAUAAAUGACUAUAUUUGUUG